UGACGCUAAUGCCCUCUCUGUUCAGCGGGCGGAACAGAACAAGCAACGACGUUGUUUGCAGUUGUUACCAGGCAUGGAAUUAAAUGGAGCGCAUAGAACUGGUUAGUUGCCUUCAGAAGUCGUAACAACGCGGCGGAACGCACUGGUCAUUAACAAUUCAGGCUUCACCCCAACCCUCCCAGUGGCAUUAAGGAAGUGAUGUCAUUAACCCGGACCUGUCUCUGGUGUGCCGUGUUGUGCGUAGUCUUGCCCUUAUUGGUCUUUGCAGAGCAAUGCUCAGACACGUGUAAGACAUGCACGGGUCCAGACAAUGACAAGUGCUUAGAGUGUCAUACAGGUUGGGCCCUCCAUGAUAAUGAAUGUGUUGACAUUGACGAAUGUGGAACGGAACUGGAUCAGUGUCGUGCCAACACCUACUGUUUCAACACAGAAGGUUCCUAUGAGUGCAGAGGAUGUGACCCAGCAUGUGUGGGUUGUAUGGGCAGUGGGCCAGCUCGCUGUAAGAAAUGUGGCACUGGAUACAGAUUCACUGGAGUAAAGUGUUUAGACGUGGACGAGUGCAGUGAGGAGGUGUUGGCGUGCCCAGGACUGAAUGCGUUCUGCGUAAACGUUGAAGGCUCUUUCCGGUGCGACUGCGCGGAGGGGUACACCCGCAAAGGCAGUGUCUGUGAAAUCAACCAACCACCAACUCUAGCUGACCAUGACAAGGGACUGUUUGAUGACAUCCAGGAAGAUGAGAUUGAGGUACUGCAACAGAUGUUCCUCGGCAUCGUCCUGUGUGCUCUUGCCACACUAGCUGCUAAAGGAGACAUGGUUUUCACCUCCAUCUUCAUGGGGGCGGUGGCUGCUAUGGCAGGGUACUGGCUCUCAGACAGAAGUGACCGAUUGUUGAAUAGCUUCCUGAGGGGACGAUAGGAUAACAAGUAACACCGUGGAAGACAUGAGCGACCAUGAAUCACUAAGCCCUCUAGAGCUUUUACACUACAUUCUAGUGUGUUUGACUGCAUAUCUGACUCUGGAAUAGCAGUCCAGCUAUAUCAAGGAGAUUUCGCUCAGUGUUUAGUCCUGUCUCACCUUUCUUCAUUAUUCCUGUCUCACCUUUCUUCAUUAUUCCUGUUUCAACUUUCUUCAUUUUUCUGGUCUCCUUCCUCUGGUUAGUAAAAUGUGUCUCAUUUGUAUCUACUAUAUAAAAAUAUAAAAAACUGCUUGCCAUGUACGUAGAAUACAACCAUAAGCUUUACUCUUUACAAUUAGUACAGGUUUUUGUGAAGUACCUGUAAUUGGUGUUUUUUGAUGUACAAAUUAACAAGGUUUUCAAAUUAGUAAACUGGUUUCAGUAAAACCUCAACACGUAACCACAUCAGCCAUGUUUAACUGGAUGCCCCAGCCUGACAGAAACUUUCAGGAAGUAAUUGCACAAUAAUUGCUUUGUUGGAGAACCAGCGCAGUGUUUGGUGUUGCUGACAUUUGUAACCACUCUCAGUUUAAAAGGAUUUAAUGUAUGCAAUGUUUGUCUAGAUAUAUGAGAGAUAAAGCACUGGGAACCAUAUCCACCCUUCACAAUUAAACAGAGUGUGAACAGAAAAUCCCACUUCUCACAACAAGUUAAACAGUGAUGUUCCAAGGAAUUUUGGCAUAGAGAGGAGUUUGUUAAUAUAGCUCCUUCCUUAUAGUAGACAUUUGAAGGAAGCUCAUUUAAUUAGCUUAAGUAUCUGCCAGUAUUACGGGUUGGCUGAGUCACACUGCCGUACUCUUCGUGUUUGUCUCAAUAAAUUACGAUUCAGUUCAGAAA